UCCUCUCCUCCAUCCAUGGCCCUGAUCUCUCUUCUCCCCGUAGCCAUUAUCUUCAUCUUCCUUUCUUACAACCUCUAUCAACGGCUAAGAUUUAAGCUUCCACCAGGCCCACGACCAUUGCCGGUCGUCGGAAACCUUUAUGAUAUCAAGCCGGUGAGAUUCCGGUGUUUCGCAGAGUGGGCAGAGGUUUAUGGACCAAUCAUAUCGGUCUACUUUGGUUCAACCUUAAAUGUGAUAGUCUCAAAUUCAGAUUUGGCUAAUGAAGUGCUUAAGGAGAAAGAUCAACAAUUAGCAGAUAGGCCCAGAAGUAGAUCUGCUGCCAAGUUUAGCAGAGAUGGAAAGGACCUUUUAUGGGCUGAUUAUGGGCCUCACUAUGUGAAAGUUAGGAAGGUCUGUACUCUUGAGCUUUUCACUCCUAAGAGGCUUGGAGGUCUUAGACCCAUUAGAGAAGAUGAAGUCACAGCCAUGGUUGAAUCCAUCUUUAAAGACUGUACCAGCCCUGAUAACCUUGGGAAGAGUGUGCUUGUCAAGAAGUACUUAAGCGUGGUAGCCUUUAACAACAUAACAAAGCUUGCUUUUGGAAAGCGUUUUAUGAAUUCAGAAGGCAUUAUAGAUGAGCAAGGUUUGGAGUUCAAGGCAGUAGUGGCUAAUGGAUUGAAGCUUGGAGCAUCACUUGCCAUGGCAGAACACAUCCCAUGGCUCCGGUGGUUGUUCCCACUAGAAGAGGAGGCUUUUGCUAAGCAUGGCGCUCGAAGAGAUCGACUUACUAGAGCCAUCAUGGAAGAGCACACGGCCGCGCGCAAUUGGAGCGGCGACGGAAAGCAACAUUUUGUUGAUGCACUCCUCACUCUUAAGGAGAAAUACGAUCUCAGUGAAGACACUAUCAUCGGUCUUCUAUGGGAAAUGAUAACUGCAGGCAUGGACACCACUGCAAUCAGUGUUGAAUGGGCCAUGGCAGAGCUGAUCAAGAACCCAAGGGUCCAAGAGAAGGCCCAAGAGGAGUUGGAUCGGGUUAUCGGAAUCGAGUGGGUCUUGACAGAGGCCGACUUCUCCAACCUCCCUUACCUCCAAUGUGUGGCCAAGGAGGCUCUAAGGUUGCAUCCUCCAACCCCACUAACGCUCCCCCACAAGGCCAAUGCCCAUGUCAAGCUUGGUGGCUAUGACAUCCCCAAGGGAACCAAUAUUCAUGUUAAUGUGUGGGCUGUUGCCCGAGACCCGGCCGUAUGGAAGGAACCGUUUAAGUUCCGGCCCGAGCGAUUCCUUGAGGAGGAUGUUGACAUGAAGGGUCAUGAUUUCCAGUUACUACCAUUUGAAGCGGGUAGACGUGUCUGUCCCGGGGCACAAUUGGGUAUCAACCUAGUGACAUCCAUGUUGGGUCACUUGUUGCACCAUUUCCAUUGGGCUCCACCGGAUGGGGUAAAGCCAGAGGAUGUUGACAUGUUGGAGAACCCGGGCUUGGUGACCUACAUGAGGACUUCCGUACAAGCUCUCCCUAUGCCAAGGUUGCGAACACAUUUGUACAAACGUGUGGCUGUGGAUAUGUGAUAUGGUAACUUUGGUUUCAAAUUUGCAUCUCUAUAAGGCCUUAGACUAUUUUUGUAAGAUUUUGAGUUCUUCAAAAAAUUACAACAAUAUGUUUAGAGUAUUAGAGGAAGAGCACAAAUCUAAAUAAAAUUUCCAUAAUUGAUAAUGAUUUAGAUGAUUUUGUAACUAAGCUUCCUCGGAUAAGUGUUGUAAGUCCAAGAAAGAGAUGGGGCGAGUGUUUACUGUUCAAGAGACGUCCCUGAGCUCACAUAUAGUCGAGUCACAAAUUCAGCAGGGGCACAAUGGUUAUUGCAUGCCCCUGUAUCUGUGGCGGCGUAAGGGUCUCUCCUAGAUAGAAAACUUUGUCCCAUAUUUUGGAAUUCCCAUUAAUUUUGGUAGAAUCAAAAGUUAUCUCUGUUCAUUAUAAACUCUCAAGGUUAAAGGAUA